GUUAAAAUUUGUCAUAUAUUAAAAAGUGUUAUGUUUAUUGGUCCCCUCCUGCUGGUAUAAAAGGAAUAGUUCAUGUAGUUUAAUUUUGCUAAAAACUCAAUUCAGGCUAUCCAACAUUCACUUAAAUUUUGUUUGAACAUAUUCAGAAAUCUUUUUUUUUGUUGUUAUUAGAAACUAUUCUUAUUAUUGAGCAGUAAACAAAUCAAAUAGAUUUCAAGACAGAAAAACAAUGCAUUAAACGGAAAAUGUAAAUUAUCCAUGUCUUAAAGCGUUAUUUUACCCCCAAAUGAAAAUUUUUUCGUUCCAAACCCAAGACCUUCGUUUAUCUUCAGAACAGGUGUGAGCACAGCCCUAAACCUGCAUGAACACGGAAGCAGCUGUUUGUCGUCUAAAUAUUAUUUCAACGCCAUUUCGUGCGACGCUCUUUUUUUGAUCCCGGAGAAAGUAAGGUAGCCCGGGAAGAUGUAUGCUAACUAAAACUUAUUCUGCAUUGGGAAAAAAACGAACACAAACUGCUAAUAACUUUCUUUUCCAUGUAAUAUGCAGUAUAUUUUUGAACGGGACUAUAUAAAAAUAUACUUACCGUGUGUGCGCGUGUGAUUCUAUUCUUGUAGAAAAAUAACUCAUGGCCAGUUCAUACGGCAGCUUCAGAUCUCGCUUUGUGCCAAAUGUCAGCGCUGCAGCUCACAGUGGAAGUCACCUUAUAGCUCCUGUACUUACUAACAAUACAAUAACAGGCAAUGUCCACAUCCUACACAACGCACCUGGUUUCACUUUUGAUCGCCCACACUCAGCACAAAGUUUAGACACAAGAUCAUUGAUUUUCAAACAUAAGACACGGAUCUGCAGUGACUAUCAGUAUGUGACCGAAUAUAACUCACUGCCUGGCGAACAAGUGCUGCUGUCUGAGCGCUUCACACAACCUCUGAUUCUUCAGAGACAUAGAGAUCAACAAGAGAGAGAAGAAGAGCUCCGCUCCAGUGGAGAGAACUUCCAGCAGGUCCUCAACUCCAGGGACAGUAAUGGAUCUUCCCACCUGAACUCUCUGUUCAACCCAGAUAACCAUGGGAUCAGCCCCAGUGCUGUCAUACUGCAGGGAAAUUCAGGCAAUGGGAAGACCUUAGCUGUACAGAAGAUCAUGCUGGACUGGGCGUCUGGUGACAUCUACAAAGAGCGGUUUGAUAUUGUGUUCCACUUGAAGUGUAAAGAAAUAAAUCGCAUUUCUGGCAGAAAGAGUUUGGUGGAGAUCUUGAGCUACAGCUGCAGUUUAACAUCGGAUCAGAUCUCACAGAUACUGCAGCGGUCACCAGAGAAGGUGCUUUUCAUCAUUGAUGGAUUUGAUGAGCUGAAACUCACACGGGACAUUUAUUACAUGCCACCUCACACUGAUGUGAUUCAGAAAGCCUCACCUGAGGUCACUCUUUGUGCCCUGCUGAAAGGUCACAUCAUGCCAGAGUCCUUCUUGCUGGUCACCUCCAGAUCAACAGCUACAGACAUACUGAGUAAACUGCUCAAAGGACCUCAGCGUUUCUCUGAGAUUAUGGGCUUCUCUGAGAAGGGGGUGGAGGAGUACUUCCAGAAGUUCUUUCAGGAUGAGGAACUUUUCAGAAGGGCUUUCACGUUUGUGAAAACAAAUGAAAACCUCUUCACUACCUGCUCCAUCCCUGUCAUCUGUUGGAUCGUCUGCACAACUAUCAAGGAACGUUUCAAAAUUGGUAUGGAUGUAACAAGUGGACUGGAAACCACCACCUCCAUCUACAUUGACUUUGUGUCCACUCUAUUGGAGCAUCACUGCCAGGGUCAGAGUCAGUCUGUCCCGAGCCUGCUGAUAAGUCUGGGUCAGCUGGCAGAGAGAGGGAUACUGGAAAAACAAGUCUUGUUGGAUGAAAGAACUGUUUAUGAAACAAUUUCAGAUCCUGUUGGCAAUCCGUUUCUUUGCAAGUUCCUCUUUAAAAGAAGAAUCAGCCAGGAGACGGUGUUCAGUUUUAUGCAUCUCAGCUUUCAGGAAUUUUUCACCGCUCUCUACUAUGUCAUUCUGGACAAAGAAGAGUCCAAGAGAAAACUUGCACAGCUAAUUUCCUUUCAACACAAUGAAUGGUUAGAGCAUCCUCCAUGUUGUGCAGCUGUGGUUCAGUUUGCGUUUGGUCUCUUGAAUAAGGGUGUACGACACACACUUAGGAAAUCGCUGUGUCUGUUUGUUCACCCAAACACACAGGCCCUUCUUAAAGAGUGGAUUUUAAAAGAGCUCCAAAGGGAUAUUUGUUAUAAUAGAACCCUUUUUAUUCUUCACUGUCUCUAUGAACUUCAUGAAGAGGACUAUGUGACAAAAGCUAUGAAAUCCUGGAAUAGGAUUAAUGCAUAUUCAGCAAUCUUUAGAAGAACAGACUGCUGGGCUCUGUUGUACUGUUCUCAGUUCUGUCAGUGCCUCCAGGAACUGGAUCUCUUUGGAUGCUAUUUAACAUCUGAAAAAUUAAUGAUGAUUCUGCCUGCACUCCCCAAGUUUAAGAAAUUAACUUUGCCUCUAGUGGAUCCAUCGGUCUCUGAUCUUGUUGAGCUGAUGUGUGCUCUGACGAGAGGACAGACGCUGAACUCAGAGGAUGUUCAUGUCCUUUUACAUAAUGAGGGUUGUUUUUUUCAACUGUCAAUCAACGAAGAGGUAUCCAGAAUCUGCUUAAAAACUCCAUGGUUUGUUGAUCAUGCAGAACCUUUGGAAUCACUCAGUCUCACCUUCCCAUGCUCAGACCUCAACAAUACCAACUGGACCCAACUUUUUCAGAUAAUUCACCAAAAUGAUUCAGAUGCAUUAAUGAAUGCCAUUCUCCGUUCUUUCUCUAAUCUGAAAAAGUUGGAAAUAGAAGCAAACUGCCUGGGCCAGAGAUGGUGUGUUUGUACUCUUCAAAUCAUCCAGAACUGCUCCAGUCUGACAGAAGUCAAGGUGAAUGCUUGCUUUUUACUGGAGGAGGGAAUCAAGAUCUUACAGAGGGCACACAUAAGACCAGCCUGUGUUAUAAGAGUUUAUGGGUUGGUUUGCCAUAAACAGUCUCAAAAAUGUACAUUGCACAGGGACUGUGAACUUAGUUGCAACCAGAAAGUGAUGAUUUGUUUGAGUUCUCGGGGCUUUUCUACAGAAAAUUUGCGAAAGUCCUUGUUUUAAAACGAAUGAUACGGCAUUAUUACGAGGAGAAAUCUACAAAAGCAGCAUCUAUACUCAGAGCCGUGGAUAGAGAUGAUAACAUAACCCAACUGUAUAUAAAAUGCAGUUAAGUUGUCGCGUUGUAAUAAUUGUAAAUUUAUGUAACACUUUUCACAAAGAGUAAUGUUUCAAAUCAGCUUUACAGAGAUUCAUAACAUUGAUGCUUAUUUUUUUGGUAGUUUAGAGCUGGGUGAUUGAAUAGUUAACAUUUGACAAUACAAACACAACAAUGAAGCAGUUGAGUUUUGCUCAGUUUUAUGUAUUGUGAUUAUGUGAGUGUACUCUUUGUGUGCAAAAAAUAUAUAUACUUGUAAUUUGAAGCUGGGUUAUUACUUUAAUUAUUUUGCAAUGCAGAUGAUUCAUUUGAUAAAAAGCCCUGGGAGAAAGCAGGCUGCAUCUACAUUCAAAUAUAGUGUCAAUAAUAAAGUAGAUAAGAUUGAGCUGUUUGCAUAACUUUCGAGGAAUGUCUUACCCAAAAAUGAAAACUGACUUUAUUUCAAAACUGUAUGACUGUUUUUGCUGUGAAUCUUUUUUUUUUUUUUUUUUUUUAAUAAUGUACU